CAGGUGAGGGGCACCCCAGGUGGGGAAGGAGGUAAUCCUGGAGGAGCCAGCUUCUGUCUCCCAUCAAAGUGUGUGCUGGGGAAGGAGACCCGAUGAAGAGCCUGAGGGCUCAGGAGUGGUAACCAGUGGGUGCUGGGUGUCAGGGUGCCCCUUGACUCUUGGUCCAGUUCUCUGAUUCCUACCCCUGUCCACAGCCACCCCCACUGCAGGCUCCAGAGCGAGCCGGUCCACCAAGGACGUCUGUGGUGACACCUAACUGAAAGCCACCUCCUCCCCAAGCUGCAGUCCUCUCCUGACCUCAGAAGGUCCCCAAGAGAGGGUGCCUUCCAGACAGGAUUGGACCUGCCUGGUGGAGGCGGGACCCCGUGCUAGCUGGCGGAAGGGUAUUUAAGGCUGGGUGGAGUUGGAGGUGGUCAAGGACAAAAUGAGUGGGCUGCGGGGAGCCAGGCACUGCCCGGGCUCAGGAGAGGCCUCUGACCUGAAGUCUCCCCCGGACGCCAGGCUCCGGGAACCUCUCACCGAGGCCCGCUUCCAGCAACUCUUCGGGGGCACGGACCCUGAGUGGCAGCCGCAGCCGCAGGGGGAGCUGGGCUGGUCCAGGUGGUGCGGGCUGUGGAGGCGGUGGGCUCGCGCCUGCUCUUGGCCGGGGGCGUGGCGCCUGCUGAGGGCGCGGCUGCCCCCGCUCCGCUGGCUGCCCCGCUACCGCUGGCGGGCUUGGCUGCUCGGGGACGCGGUGGCCGGAGUGACCGUGGGCAUCGUGCAUGUGCCCCAGGGCAUGGCAUUUGCCCUCCUAACCUCCGUGCCCCCAGUAUUUGGACUCUACACUUCCUUCUUCCCCAUUUUCAUCUACACCCUGCUGGGUACUGGGAGACACCUAUCCACUGGAACUUUCGCAGUACUCAGCCUCAUGACGGGCUCGGCAGUGGAGCGGCUGGUGCCGGAACCCCUCGCGGGGAACCUGAGCGGAAUCGAGAGGGAACAGUUGGACGCUCAGCGGGUUGGGGCGGCUGCGGCCAUCGCCUUCGCGAGCGGGGCGCUGAUGCUGGGGAUGUUCGCGCUGCAGCUAGGGGUCCUAUCCACCUUUCUGUCGGAGCCUGUGGUCAAAGCGCUCACCAGCGGGGCCGCGCUGCACGUGCUUGUGUCCCAGCUGCCGAGUCUUUUGGGGCUGCCCCUCCCGCGCCAGAUAGGCUACUUCGCUCUCUUUAAGACGCUGGCCGCCGUGCUGACCGCGCUGCCCCAGAGCAGCCCCGCAGAACUGACUAUCUCCGCGCUCAGCCUGGCACUGCUGGUGCCGGUCAAGGAAUUGAACGUGAGAUUCAGAGACAGGCUACCCACCCCGAUCCCGGGGGAAAUCGUCAUGGUGCUUCUAGCCUCUGUGCUUUGCUUCACGUCUUCCCUGGACACAAGAUAUAAUGUCCAGAUAGUGGGGCUACUACCAGGAGGAUUUCCCGAACCCCUCUUUCCCAACCUGGCAGAGAUGCCCAGGAUUCUGGCCGACUCGCUGCCCAUGGCGCUGGUUACUUUCGCUGUGUCUGCCUCACUGGCCUCCAUCUAUGCAGACAAGUAUAGCUACACCAUUGACUCCAACCAGGAGCUCUUGGCACAUGGUGUCUCCAACCUCAUCUCUUCCCUCUUCUCUUGCUUUCCCAACUCGGCCACGUUGGCCACGACCAGCCUGCUAGUGGAUGCUGGGGGGAACACACAGCUAGCGGGUCUCUUCUCCUGCGUAGUUGUCCUGUCUGUACUGCUGUGGCUGGGGCCCUUCUUCUACUACCUGCCCAAGGCUGUCCUGGCCUGCAUCAACAUCUCUAGCAUGCGCCAGAUGUUCUUCCAGAUGCAAGAACUUCCACAACUGUGGCGCAUCAGUCGAAUGGACUUUGUUGUGUGGAUGGUCACAUGGGUGGCUGUAGUGACCCUAAGUGUGGACCUGGGACUGGCUGUAGGUGUCAUUUUUUCCAUGAUGAUGGUGGUCUGCCGCACACAGAGGGCACAGUGCCUGGCACUUGGACUGGCUGAGGGGACGGAGCUCUACAGGCCACUGAGAGACAGCCACAAGCUCCUCCAGGUCCCAGGGCUCUGCAUCCUGAGCUACCCUGCCCCACUUUACUUUGGGACCCGCGGGCAGUUUCGGCGCACCCUGGAGGAACAUCUGGGGCUCCGAGAAUGUGGCAAGAGGACCCCAAAGACAGAUGGCCCAUCUGAUGCAGGUGAGAUGGGGUAUCAAGGAGAGGGACUGGCAUGUCCCAUGGCUACUCCUUCCUGCCUCCUUCCUUUUCUAGCUGCUCAAUCUGUCAGGGUGGUCAUCAUUGACUGCAGUGGGGUCACCUUUGCAGAUGCUGCUGGGGCCAGAGAAGUGGUGCAGCUGGCCAGCCGCUGCCGAGAUGCCGGGAUCCACCUUCUCCUAGCUCAGUGUCCUGGUAAGAGGGACGGGCACUCCGCUCCGCUCGGCAGUGGGGGAUGGAGACACUUCUGGCAGGGAGGACACAGUGUGGACUUUGCCCCUGAGUGCCAGACCCUGUCUUCAUACAGCCCCGGUGCUGGAGACACUGACCCAGGCAGGUCUCCUGGAUCAAGUGACCCCAGAACAGCUGUUUGUGAGUGUGCAAGAUGCAGCGGCUCAUGUCCUCUCGAGACCGGUAAGGAGACAGGGUGGGGGGACAGGGGUGCAGUGGGCUGUGAGGCCCUGGCCAGAACAGGGAGUGGGAAGGGAGCAAAAGAGGAAGCAAAUGAGGGGGGUUACCUCAUCUGUCCCUCAUGUGUCCCUUCCAUCCCUUCUCCAGGAGCUCACUGAUCCAAAAACUUGCACAGUGUGGGUCUGACCUGGGCACGAAUGUGAUGGCCCCAACAAUAUGUGUGCUAAGUAGUGCAGCUAAUAAAGUGAAGCUGGGUGCCUCUGGGA